GGACAUUCACUUGUUUAGCUUGGUUCCAAAUUCAGAUAAAGUCAGGAUCUGAGAGCAUGGGUUGGCAAGGGGUCCUAUGGCUUUUGACAUCAUUUAUUUCGAGUGUUAAGGUGGCUGGAACAACAGAGAUGAAAGCAGAACCCACCACAGAAUUAUCCCUUAUGCCUGUCAUGAUGGCAGUGGAGGGAGAAAGGCAGAUCAUGACUCAGUCUCAGUAUAAAUGUCUGGAGCUUCUGAGCCGUGAUGGACCCCAUAAUAAAACAGGUUCAUUCUGCAGCAGAUUCUGGGACGGCUUGCUAUGCUGGGAAAAAACCCCAGCUGGAACCUAUGCCUCUCAAAACUGCCCAGAUUACCCCAGCUUUGACCCCUUAGAAAAAGUAACCAAAUACUGUGAUGAAUCUGGUAGCUGGGUGCACAGUUCAUCCAUCAAUAAGACCUGGUCGCAUUGUCUCACAUUCUCAAAGGAAAAAGUAAAGACAUUACCAGUUCAUGGCUUUUUGGAGACAGAGAUGGAUCCCACAGCUGAGAGUCAGGUCAGCCCUGUAGUGACUCAGAAAGCAGAGGAGAGGAAGAAGAUAAUCAAUGGUCAAUAUAAAUGCUUUGAGAAAAUGAACAGAGACCUGCCAUAUAACAAAUCAGGUCCAUAUUGUAACCGGACUUGGGAUGGUUGGCUUUGCUGGGAUGACACUCCAGCAGGAAUGUACACAUCUCAAAAUUGUCCCAACUACUUUCCUGACUUUGACUCUACUGAAAGGGUCACAAAGUAUUGUGAUGAGACAGGAAAUUGGUUCAGGCACCCAGAGACUAACAGGACAUGGUCCAACUACACCCUGUGCAUUGCUCACACCAAGGACAAGCUCAAGAUGGCGUAUAUAUUGUAUUACAUGGCGAUUGUGGGCCAUGCUCUGUCUAUAGUAUCUCUUCUCAUCUCCCUGGCCAUAUUCUUUUAUUUCAGGAGUCUGAGCUGUCAGAGAAUCACACUGCACAAGAACUUAUUCUUCUCAUAUGUGCUCAACUCAGCCUUCACUAUCGUCAACCUCAUAACUGUGGUCAACAACCCCAAAGUGGUGCAGAGAAAUCCGAUUGGUUGCAAGGUGCUGCACUUCUUCCACAUGUACAUGCUGGGCUGUAACUAUUUCUGGAUGCUGUGUGAGGGGAUUUACCUGCACACUCUCAUCGUGGUGGCCGUUUUUGCAGAGGAGCAGCAUUUGCACUGGUAUUAUCUUUUAGGCUGGGGCUUCCCCUUGGUGCCUGCAUCAAUCCAUGCUGUGGCACGGAAAAAGUACUUUGAUGACAACUGCUGGAUGAGUGUAGAGACCCAUCUGCUCUAUGUGGUUCAUGGCCCCAUUAUGGCAGCUUUAUUAGUAAAUCUAUUCUUUCUGUUAAAUAUUGUGCGGGUUUUGGUAACAAAGCUGAGAGAUACGCACCGAGCUGAGUCUAACAUGUAUAUGAAGGCUGUGAGGGCCACCCUCAUUUUGGUGCCAUUAUUGGGCAUUCAAUUUGUCAUUUUCCCAUGGCGGCCAGAGAACCGGCUGGCAGGAGAGAUAUACGACUACAUCAUGCACAUAUUAAUGCAUUACCAGGGAUUGCUGGUGGCAACUAUAUUCUGCUUUUUCAAUGGAGAGGUCCAGGCAGCUUUGAAGAGGCAGUGGAUGCAAUACAAAGCCCAGUGGGGCCAGCGGAGACGUGAACACUGCUCCAUGCGUUCCACCUCAUACACCGCCACUUCCAUCACUGAGGUGCCUGCUUUCAUGUACCACCAUGACUGCAACAGCGAACACUUAAAUGGUAAACAAACCGAAGACUCAGAGCUAGUGGCCCUCAAGAUGGGUGAGACAUAUGCCUGAAAGGUUUGAGGAACGUUUGAAAGAUUCGUGGAAGGAAGAGAUUUUAUAAAACUGGAGAAUGUAGACUACGGUGAAGCAACUUUGACUGAGCGCUCACAAACUCCCACAUCUCAGACAGCACUUAAGAGUCAACAGAACAUCAAAGCCUGUGUCUUGAAUCUUCUGUUGAGAGAUUACGCAAUGCAUUGUUUAUCUUUGUUACAGCUCUGCUUUUGUGAGUUGGAGCUAAAAGAAAACAAAACUAUGGACACAGGACCCAUUUUUAAAAAUAUGUCUAAUAAAGCUGCUAGUUUCAGGCCCCCUUCACAUCCAUUUUGCCGCAAACGAUGAAAGUUACUUUGCAGAAAUCAAAGGGCGUUCUUGAAUUGUGGGAUAUGGAGUGUUUCUCUGAUGUCCUGGGAGAUGAUUCUACUGAGGAUAGACUUCAAUGUCUAUCGGAGGGAAAGCUGUUCUGUGCCUGAAUCGUGUUCAUUCUCUGGUUGGUUAAAGUGUCAAACAAGGUUGCAGACAUCUGUCUGACGGUCACUUUGCAACUGAAAAUAGCUUUUAAUCUGUCUCGUGAAACUCCUGACCGCUUUAUUGUUUUUGCAGCUGUACUUUUUUGCCUUGUCUGUGUUGCAAAGGGGGUGUGGAGGAAAAAGAUAAGCAAAAUGGACAAUUUUAGGAGUGCUUUCAAGUGGAGUCAUAGACCUGUGCAUAACAAAUCUAUUCUGAAAACAAAAGUAUAAAAAAAAGAGAUGAAAAUAUAUUUAAUAACCUCUCAUGUUUCAGAGUGCAGAUUUUAUUUAAUAGGUCUGUUUUUGUCUGGAGGCAUCUAUUCAUUGUUUUGGGGUGAUAUUUUACCAGUAAGUACAUUUUCCCUCUGGGCAACCAAAAUCCACCGUUGAUGAAUGCAGCAAAUAUAAUCCAUUCAGUUACAUUUUUGUUUUUAUUAAAUUUUUUUAUUAAAUAACCAACAAUUCUCCUUUUUUGAUUUGCCUUUAUUUUGUAACAAAAUACUUGUGGGACUGACCAACCCAGUCUUAUGGCAAGUCAUAGUAAUUAGUAUGAAAUGGUGAAACUGUAAGAAAUAACUGGCUCCUACUCCCAUAGAGAAUCAAUGAAUGAUGUUAUUACUAUUUUUCCUUAAUAUAACCCCUAACCCAAACCAGAUUUUAAUACGGAAGAAAGAGAAACGUCUCGGUUGUAUGAAACAUAAUCCUGGUUCCCUGAGUGGGAACGAGACACAGCGUAAUCGCAUUGGGACACACCCUGAGUGUCACGUGGUCUGAAGCCCUUGUGCAAUCAUGGCAAUUUAUAUAGCGCUUAAAAGUGCUUUUGCGCCAUUGAGUCAGAUAUUCUGCAGAAAGGCAUAAGCCUAUGCAGCUGCUAGGAGAGAGAACAGAUUUGAAAACCAUACUUGAGAUGGCCAAAACGGCCCACUAACAUAAGCCAAACCCGAUUCUCGCAAACUCUCUGCUGAACUGCGUGCAGCAAACUGAAUCGUGGGGACAUAUAAAGACACAUUGUCGGCCUCUGAGGCAUCAACUCAUCAAUGCCCAGUGGUGCCAGGGGGAGAGAGGGAAAACCAGAGGGGACAGUGUGAUGUCUCGCUGGAAGCGAACAGGUCCCCUCUCCUGGCAUCAAGCCCUGUCUGGACAGGAGAUCCGCCCCCAAAUUCAGCCAGCCCGGGACAUGCACAGCUGUUAGAGACAGCACAUUGUCACAUGCCCACAGAAGAAAGUGACGUGCCAGUCUCAGCAUGGCAUGAGAAUGCACUCUUCCCUGGCGAUUGAUGUAGGACACUACCAUCCAUGAUGCCCUGACCCUCCAGGAGAAAAAUCUUUAAUGUCAGCAGCACCGUGAACAUCUCCAGACAUGUGCCAAUAUUUCCGCUGGACAGUCCAAACCCUAUAGGCUGGACUACCCAUGUAUACAGCGCCCCAACCCAUGGAGGAGGCAUCUGUCCUUAUAACUUUUCAGCAACACCCAAUGGAAUACCCCUUUUUACAUAAAAAGGCGGGCCCGUUUCCAUUUUAACAGAAUUCGGUUGUACCCAUGCAUCACUUUGUAGAGACGUAAUGUAUGCGUCAGUGGUUGAAGUCCCUUUGUGGUGUUCAUUCAGCACUGAAAAGUUCUCGCAUGCAACAUGCUCAGGGGAAUGACAGCGGAAGCCAUGAUCAUGACCCCCAAAAGCCUGUGAAAUGUCCUCACAGGGAGAACACUCUGAACAUCGCUAGACACUGGCGAAAUGACAGUCGCGCCUGCAUAGCUCACAAAUCCAGUUCCACCUGUAGAAACAGAGCUGUGUUGUCACUCAAAAUGGAGAAUAAUAAUUAUCCUUGCUUCGAUUUGAGUCGUUGGUACAACACAGUCCAGACGAGAUCCUGCAUUGAAGAACAGAAAAUAUGACUCGAUGGUGCUAAAGCGAUGCUUUUAUAGGCAUGUUACAGUUUUUUGACAUCAGUCAUUUGCACUGCAUUGAUUGAUUGAUUAUCCAACUUUGUUCACUGACGUUUCCUUUCUAAAAAAGGUGGUGAACUUGCAAGCGCUGCCCCAGGAGGAGGGGCCAGACAUAUGUAGGGCCGCAGGCUGGGCAACCCCUAACACCUUUGCGAGGAUCUAGAACCUCAGGGUUGAGCCAGUUUCGUCCCGUGUGUUAUCAGGUGACACAAACAGGGUGUAUCGCUUGUGCAUUGUGCCUUUCCCCUCCCUUGAGGCGAAGACGUGCGCUCUUUCCCUAUUUGCGUUCGCAGGAAGUGCGAACCCUGGACGUUCUUCCUCCCUAGCCUAGCUGCCGUCGAGUCUUCGGAGAGGCUCGCUGCCGCCCCGGUACGGGCGUCACUAGGCCCCCAUACUGAGGUAAGUGCUCCGCAUGUGCUGGUUGUCCCCUUGGGCAACCCCGUGUGAUGUAUAUCCCGCAAAAUGAUUUCCCUGCCGGUAAACCGCAUCUUCCUUGGACAGAGGGCCCUCUGCCUUGGGUCGCCGUUUUUGUAGUAACUCCUCCUCCCUUUGGUUUGAUCUACCACGACGCCGCUCCACAUGAUUUUCUUCUGCUCCUAACUGGUAGGACCGUGUUUGUAUUCCACCUAAAA